UGUCCCGCCAGGUCCCUGCAGUUGGCUCUGCCCGCCUCCCUCGCAGCAUGUCCGAGACCGCGCCGCCCGCUCCGGCCGCCUCCACUCCCCCCGAGAAGCCCGCGCCGGGCAAGAAGGCCAAGCGACCCGCGAAAGCCGCCGCCGCCAAGAAGAAGCCCGUGGGCCCUUCUGUGUCCGAGCUGAUCGUGCAAGCCGUGUCCUCCUCCAAGGAGCGCAGCGGCGUGUCCCUGGCCGCGCUCAAGAAGGCGCUGGCGGCCGCCGGCUACGACGUGGAGAAGAACAACAGCCGCAUCAAGCUGGGCCUCAAGAGCCUGGUGAGCAAGGGCACCCUGGUGCAGACCAAGGGCACCGGCGCCUCGGGCUCCUUCAAGCUCAACAAGAAGGCCUCCCCUGGGGAGGCCAAGGCCAACCCCGCAAAGGUGGCGAAAGCCAAGGUGACGGGCGCCUCUAAGAAGCCCAAAAAGGUCACGGCGGCUGUUAAAAAAGCCGUCAAGACCCCGAAAAAGGCCAAGAAGCCUGCUGUAACCAAGAAGCCCUCCAAGAGUCCCAAGAAGCCCAAGGUCGUGAAGCCUAAGAAAGUAGCCAAGAGCCCUGCCAAAGCCAAGGCUGUGAAGCCCAAAGCGGCCAAGGCGAAGGUGACCAAGCCAAAGACUGCUGCCAAGCCCAAAAAAGCAGCGCCCAAGAAGAAGUAAAGGUUCGAGUUGGAAGCUUCUUCCAAUAACCCAACGGCUCUUUUAAGAGCCACCAACAUACUCCGGGGAAAGAGCUUUAGUACAUGUGUCCUUAGGCUUCUACGCGGAAUUUCUGCCUUCUUGCCGGGGUCUCCGCCAACUUCUGCCCCGCGUUCAGUCCCUUACAGUGGAGUUCUCGCUACAGGGAGCUAGGCCCUUGUACUUGAGACUAGGGUUCUGGGGCUUGAAGGGGCUUCAAGUGGGGCGGUUCUAGAGCCCCUUCCCUAGUACUUCGUUUUACCCGAGGUCCCUGCUCAGUACCAGAAGUACGUGGGGGAACUUGGCGUCCCUGCCACGAAGUUCCACACCCCCAAGCUAGUCUGUCAUCCACGUGAACUAUCUGAGGCGUGACAGCCCCGCCGUGGCCCGGGUUGGAAGCGUGUGCCACGACCACUCGGUUUUCCUGGUUGAGUUCAAAGCAGGGACGUGGUGUGGACAAUAGUGCAAAAGCGGCCUUUUCCAAAAUUGGUUCCCUGGAGAAGGCCUUUCCGGGCAAUCAGUGCAACCUAGGGCUUGGCCACGCCCUGCGCACCCGCGGCUCGCCAGCUGGACGUCCUCCGGCGGGACGGGGCAGGACGGAGACGCCCUAGCGUGGAUGGCGCGCAGGCCGGUGUCCUCGAGGAGCCCUAGGAGCCCCGCCAGGUAGGCCUUGCACGCCUCCCGCGGCGCCGAGACGCCCGAGCUCUGGAAGCGCAGGUCGGUCUUGCGGGCCCUUGAGCGUGGGGCAAGCUGCGGGCGAGUUUCUGGCCGAGGUCACGACCAAGGGGCUUGGCUGCAAUGGAAUUUGAGAGCCAUAAGCCCAAAAGCCCUCAUCGGGCUUGUCUGUGUCUAGGAAACGAAGCUGCCCUGGCUGGGUUUUGGAAAAGCCACUCUGUAGCCUAACUACGUGGUGUUUCCCUGCGCGCAGGGUUGUCCAUUCUGGCGGUGCUAUAUACCAUAGUAAGUAGUGAACACUUUCGCAGAAUUGCCCCUUUGUAAAGGUUUUUCUAAAUUAAUUCUGGGAUUCCGAUGUUAAUCCCGCCUUUCACAUCCGAGGAGAAAACAGUAUGACCCAGGGUUACUACUUAGCACAGCUCCGUAAAGAUUUCUUUUUACGUGUGCCCAUACGAAUUCUAUUUUUCAGAUGAUCUUUUUCCUUUUUGCACUGGCUUGCUGGGCUCCCACUAUCCCGUAGUCGGCCAUGCGCUCCUCCCUCAAAUUGGUUUGUGCUUUCUUUGAACUCUUUUACAAGCACCCGUCCUGCACAGGCAUGACUGUUCAUUUUGGUCUUCGGCCAGGGUUAUUUACAAAACGGUGUUAUUAUAUACAUUGCAACUUUU